AUGGAGAACAAGGGGACAGGGACGCCUCUGCCCACACCACACAAGAAAGGGCGCCUGCAGUCCACGCUGGUCCUGACUACCCUAAGUGCAUCCUUUGGCUCAGUCUUCCAGUACGGCUACAACAUCGCUGUGAUCAACACACCUCACAAGGUCUUCAAAUCGUUUUACAAUGACACGUACUUUGAACGGCAUGGAAGAUUCAUGGACGAGAAUUCCCUGUUGCUCCUGUGGUCUUGCACUGUCUCCAUGUUCCCUCUGGGAGGCGUGUUCGGGUCCUUGAUUGUUGGCCUAAUGGUCAACAAGUGGGGCAGAAAAGGAACAUUGCUGAUCAACAAUAUCUUCGCCAUCACCCCUGCCAUCCUGAUGGGAGUCAGUAAAGUGGCCCGGGCUUUUGAGCUGAUCAUCUUGUCUCGAGUGCUGGUGGGGAUCUGUGCAGGCAUCUCCUACAGUGUUCUCCCCAUGUACCUGGGAGAACUGGCUCCCAAGAACCUGAGGGGGACGUUAGGGACAAUGACGGAGGUAUUUGUCAUCAUCGGAGUCCUCCUGGCACAGAUAUUCAGUCUGCAAUCCAUCCUGGGCAAUGCCACAGGCUGGCCGAUCCUCUUGGCUCUCACGGGGGUCCCUGCGCUGAUUCAGCUUCUCUCGCUGCCCUUCUUCCCCGAGAGCCCCCGUUACACCCUGAUUGAGAAAGGGGACGAGAAAACGGCAAGACAAGCUCUAAGGAGGCUGCGAGGUUGCAACUACGACGUGGAGGCCGAGAUGGAAGAAAUGCGCGAGGAGGAGCGCAAGGAGCGAGAGGAGGGUCGCCUGUCGGUACUCAACCUCCUCACCUUUCGGCCCUUGCGCUGGCAGCUGAUCUCUAUCAUCGUGCUCAUGGCGGGUCAGCAGCUGUCUGGGAUCAACGCGGUCAACUACUAUGCGGAUAUCAUCUACACCUCGGCUGGUGUGGACCCCACCCAGUCCCAGUACGUGAUAGUGGGCUCUGGUGUGAUCAACUUGGUGAUGACUGUCGUCUCGGCAGUCAUCGUGGAGCGUCUGGGGCGGCGGAUUCUCCUGCUGUCUGGCUAUGGCAUCUGUGGCUCUGCCUGCCUGGUGCUGACUGUGGCCCUCCUCCUUCAGAGCACAGUUCCUGAGCUGUCUUACCUCGGCAUCGUCUGCGUCUUCGCCUACAUCGUGGGACAUUCCAUCGGGCCCAGUCCUGUCCCCUCCGUGGUGAGGACAGAGAUUGUCCUGCAGUCCUCUCGGACAGCUGCACUCACGGUAGAUGGAGCUGUGCACUGGCUCACCAACUUCAUCGUAGGCUUGGCAUUCCCAUCCAUCCAGGUGGCCAUCGGGCCUUACAGUUUCCUCAUCUUCUCUGCUCUCUGCGUCCUCACUGCUGCUUACAUCUACGUGGUAAUUCCUGAAACCAAGGGCAAGACAUUUGUGGAGAUAAACUGCGCUUUUGCCAAGAGAAAUGGAGUGGAGUUUCCAGAAGAGAAAGAUAGAACGAUGGCCGAGCCUCACACACCUUCUCUGCCUGGCAAGCAAACAUCCUUUUGA